UGCAGAGUUCAGUGUUACAUAGACACUGAAGCUACAGCCUGCAGAUACAGAGUAUCUAGCCACUUAAUUCUGCGCUUAAUUAGCUGUGAUAGUUAAGUUAAGCAAUGGCUUCCAGGCAUAACUUCGCGUGCUCUGCCAUGGCGGCCUUGCUCUUCUCUGCUGCUGCUGCUGUUGUUUCAGCGCAGCUCUCCACUGAUUUCUACGACGAGACGUGCCCCGAUGCGCUGGACAUCAUCGAGUCUGCCGUCAGAGCCGCCGUUUUCAAGGAGUCCCGAAUGGGAGCUUCGCUUCUUCGCCUCCAUUUCCACGACUGCUUUGUCAAUGGGUGCGACGGGUCAGUGCUGCUCGACGACACGACGGGCAUCACCGGCGAGAAGAACGCGCAGCCGAACAAGAACUCCCUCCGCGGCUUCGAGGUGGUCGACGACAUUAAGGCGCAGCUCGAGGCAUCCUGCGAGCAGGUUGUCUCCUGCGCCGACAUCCUCGCCGUCACCGCCCGCGACUCCGUCGUCGCCCUGGGAGGGCCGACGUGGGACGUGGAGCUGGGCCGGCGAGACGGCACGACGGCGAGCCUGGACGCGGCGAACAACGACCUCCCGCCGCCGACGUCCGACCUCGGCGACCUGAUCAAGUCCUUCUCCGACAAGGGCCUGACGGAGACCGACAUGGUCGCGCUGUCGGGCGCGCACACCAUCGGGCAGGCCAGGUGCGUCAACUUCCGCGGCCGCCUCUACAACGAGACCAACCUCGACGCCUCCCUCGCCACCUCGCUGAAGCCGAGGUGCCCCAACCCUACCGGCGACGGCGACGACAACACGGCGCCGCUCGACCCGGCCACCUCCUACGUGUUCGACAACUUCUACUACCGGAACCUCGUGAGGAACAAGGGCCUGCUGCACUCCGACCAGCAGCUGUUCAGCGGCGGCGGCUCCGCCGACGCGCAGACCACCGCCUACGCCUCCAACAUGGCCGGCUUCUUCGACGACUUCCGUGACGCCAUGGUGAAGAUGGGUGGCAUCGGUGUGAUCACUGGCACCAGUGGCCAGGUCAGGGUUAACUGCAGGAAGGUUAAUUAAUUAAUCAACUGAAGUGGUUAACCAAUCCAAGAGUUUGUGAGUCAGUGAGUGUGUCCAUGUAGUGUCAGGCUUCUUGAUACCGUGAUCAGUGUGAUGUACAAGAGCUUUCUUCCUUCGGUCAACGAUGUAGUCUGCUUCGAAUGGUUGUAGCACUACACUAUACGCAAAAUAAUCUGAUGAAGGAACAAGUCUGGCUCGUUCUGAAUUGUCUUCUACACGCCCUUUGUUU